UUUCCCAGAGCCCGGAUUAGGGAAGCAGCCCGAGCUGCAGCGGCAGUCAUCUUCCCUGUCACCACCGCUACCCGCCGAAGGAAGCAAGACACUCCGGCCUGGAAGAUGGAAGAUGGUGCCCCAAAGCAUAUCAUUCAGAUGACAGGAUUUAAAAUGGAAGAAAAGGAAGCUCUAGGCAAAUUGCUUUUAAAACUCGAUUGCACUUUUAUUAAGAGUGAGAAAUACAAAAAUUGUACACAUCUUAUAGCUGAACGCCUAUGUAAGAGUGAAAAAUUUUUAGCAGCUUGUGCAGCAGGAAAGUGGGUACUAACUAAAGACUACAUAAUUCAUAGUGCCAAAAGUGGUAGAUGGCUUGAUGAAAGAACUUACGAAUGGGGAUAUAAAAUUGAAAAAGAUUCCCAUUAUUCACCUCAAAUGCAAUCUGCACCUAAAAGAUGGCGUGAAGAACUAAAACGCACUGGUGCUCCAGGAGCCUUUCACAGAUGGAAAGUUGUCCUCCUUGUUAGAGCUGAUAAAAGAAGUGAUUCUCUUGUAAGAGUUUUGGAGGCUGGAAAAGCAAAUGUUAUUUUACCAAAAAGUUCACCAAGUGGAAUAACUCAUGUGAUUGCCAGUAAUGCGAGAAUCAAGGCUGAACAAGAAAAAGAUAAUUUUAAGGCUCCAUUUUAUCCAAUUCAGUAUCUAGGGGAUUUUCUUUUAGAGAAAGAAAUUCAAAAUGAUGAAGAUUCCCAAACCAAUUCAGUUUGGACUAAACACAGUAAUCAAGAAAAAAACAAAGAUUUCAGGAAAGAAAUGGAUUUUCUUGAAAUGAAAGAUGUCUUCAGAGAGACCAUGUGUAGAACUCAGAAAAAAAUGCAAAAUCAUGAUGAAGAUGUUAAUGUUAGUUCUGUAUUCACUGAACAUCAAAAGAAAGAAAAAUUCAGAGAGUCCAGUAAAGAUUUGAAAUUUAUUAAAAUGAGAAAUGCCUUAGAAAGACACACAUAUAGAAAUCAGAAGGAAAGUAAGAAAAAGGAUGAAGACAUUCAAAGGAGUUAUACUAUGAGGAAAAAAGGCAAGAAAGAAAAAGAAAGAGAUGAUAGGAAGGAUGUCGAACAUAACAAAAUUAAAAAUACCUUAAGAGAGCACACAUACAGAGAUCAGAAAGAAAUGAAGAUUUCUGUUUUUGCUGAUCAUGCCAAAGAAUCAAAAACAAAGGAUAUCAGGAAAGAUGUGGAUAUUGUUGAAAUAAAAAAUGCCUUAAGGAAGCACAUAUAUAGAACUCAGGCUAUCAGAUACAGUUGCAUUAGGAUAGAUAAACAACCAGUAUACAAUGUGGAGGUUAAAAAUCCUGAAUUUCCCAGAGGUGUAUUAAAUUUAAUUGAAAGCCUAAUAGAAGGCCAGUUUUUUAAAGAAGCAAUUGAAGAGCUUUCCUCUUUGCAAGCACAUUAUAUCCCUCCUGUAUGCCUUCUUCAUGCUCUUCUAGAGAACAUUCUACAGGAUAACCUAGAUACGUUUUCUGGUCGAUACUUUCAUAUAUUGUCAGCUCUUCUUCACCUACAUCCUCCUUGGAAGUCCCCAGCCAUGUCAAGAUAUUACUUAGAAUUGUUUCAGUGUCCAACUUGUAUGAAAGGAGCAUGGUCUCUAAUAGAAGUGCUUAUCAGGUCUUGCCUUUUCAAUGAAAGUUUCUGUCAUCAAAUUUCGGAAAAUAUUACUGGCUCUAAGGUGCUUUACCUGACACUGCUCAAAUUUUUCUUUAAUUUAAUUGAAAGUGAAGUACGCCAUCUGAGUCAAAAGUUGUGUGACUGGUCAGAUUCUCAGAGUCUGAAAAUAACAGGAAAGGCAUUUCUCCUUGAAAUCUUCUGGUCAGGAAUUGAAACCUCUGGUCUUUUGACCAAACCAGUAAAUAUGCUUUUAGAGUGGACUAUAUAUUCUUACAAAGAGAAAUACAAGUCUAAUGAUGUCUUUAAACAUGAACUAGCUUACUUGUUGACUGGAAUUCUUGGAGCAGCAAUAGAUUAUUGGAUCUUCCUUGGUCUCAAAAUGGGUAGAAAUGUGAUGCGGCACAUGUCUGAUGACUUAGGAAGUUAUGUUUCCCUUUUGUGUGAUGACUUUUCUUCACAGGAAUUAGAGAUUUUCAUUUGUUCUUUUUCCUCCUCUUGGCUUCAAAUGUUUGUUGCAGAAGCAGUUUUUAAAAAGUUAUGUUUACAGAGUUCCAUCAGUAUUUCCUCUGAGCCACUCUCUCUUCAGAAAAUGAUAUACUCGUAUUUGCCAGCUUUGGGGAAAGCGGGUGUGCAUUGUACAGGAAAGAUGCAGACACCAAAGAAAAUAGGACAGCGGCCUUGUCUUGAAUCUCAGAGGGCCUUACUAAUGCUGAAUGGUGCUAAACAGAAACAAGUUGAAGGGCUACCAGAGUUACGAGAACUGAACCUUGCUAAAUGUUCCUCUUCAUUAAAAAGAUGGAAAAAGAAGUCAGAAGGAGAAUUGUCCUGUUCCAAGGAGAAUUGCCCCUCUUUAGUAGCAAAGAUGAAUUUCCACAAGACUAAUUUAAAAGGAGAAACAGCCCUCCAUAGAGCUUGCAUAAAUAACCAAGUGGAGAAAUUGAUUCUUCUUCUCUCUUUGCCAGGAAUAGACAUCAAUGUUAAAGACAAUGCUGGCUGGACGCCUUUGCAUGAAGCCUGUAACUAUGGCAACACAGUGUGUGUCCAGGAAAUUUUGCAACGUUGUCCAGAGGUAGAUCUGCUCACUCAAGUGGAUGGGGUGACUCCUUUGCAUGAUGCACUGUCAAACGGACAUGUAGAAAUUGGCAAGCUGCUGCUCCAGCAUGGGGGCCCAGUACUUUUACAGCAGAGGAACGCUAAGGGCGAAUUACCCUUGGAUUAUGUUUUAUCAUCUCAAGUCAAGGAAGAACUCUUUGCUAUCACAAAAAUAGAAGAUACAGUGGAGAACUUUCAUGCCCAAGCAGAGAAACAUUUUUACCACCAGCAACUUGAAUUCAGCUCAUUUUUACUUAGUAGGAUGUUGCUACAUUUUUGUUCAAUCUUUGAUUUAUCUUCAGAGUUCCUCUUAGCUUUCAAAGGGUUAACUCAUCAAAAUGAAAUGCUUAUGGCUUGUAAGAAUUAUAAGGAAGCCACCAGUGCUCAUACUGACUGGUUAUUGGAUCUUUAUGGUAGAAAUAUAAAGACUUUGCUGAAGCUCCCAAGUAUUCUUAAGGAACUGCCUGAGAAUUUAAAAGUGUGUCCUGGAGUACACACUGAGGCCUUAGUGGUGACAUUGGAAAUGCUGUGUCGGUCAGUCACAGAGUUUUCAUGAUGAUGCCAAAAAUUUGAGUCAACUUCUUAAACCUGCUCAGCUUACUUUGUCAUUUGUGUGGACUUCAUAGCUCAUUAACAAAUAUUGAUUUUCUUUGAUUUAUUGCUAGAAUUUACAGUCUUGAUGAAUUCUAAAAGCACUUGAACAACAACUGCAAAACUAUUAUAUAAGCUUUUCUGUCUUUUUCCAGUAUGGAAUAUGACUCAAAGGUUAAAAAAAAACAACAACAACAAUAGUUUUGCUUGGUAUACACUGCUUUCUUUAAUCUUUAUUAUUUUUUGUUCUGAAAAUGAUAUUAUUUAUCUAUUUAUAUUGUAUAUGUAAAAUUUUUUUAAUUUAAUUUUUUUUUUUUCAAAUUAAACUGUAAUGUUCU